AAAAAUUCAAAACUAAAAUGCUUCCAUUUCCAUUUUCCAUUAUUUUCAGCUAUCACGAAGAAAGCAUGAAGUUCUUCCUGAAUCGUCUUCGUCUACGAAAUCGUCGUCGUCACCAAAACCCUAACCCUGACCUCAACCUCACAAUUGCUCCUUCUUCGCUUUCUGAAUUAGCUCCUGAAUCCGGCGACAUACAAGAGGGGGAAGCGGCGGAGGCCUCUUCCUCCGCUAUGAUGAACUCCGAUGAGGACGAGGAGGAGGAAGAAAUUGGAUACGAAUCGCCGGAGAGUGAGGAUUCGGUAGACACUACGGUGUCGUUUUCAGUGGCGGAGGAGAUUGAGGAUGAGCAGGACGGCAACCAUGGACGGACAAUUGAGGACGAGAACCGUGGGGAGUCGGAUGGUGCGUCUUCGAAUAGCGUUGUGGUUGUUGAGGCUGAGAAUGCGUUUAUGAGGACGGGAAAACCUCCGACUGACGAUUGUUGUCCUAUCUGCUUUAGCAAUUUUGUGGUUCCUUGCCGAGGUCCCUGUGGCCACUGGUACUGUGGAGGUUGCAUUUUGCAGUACUGGAACUAUGGUGCUGCACUUCAGCCUUGUAACUGCCCCAUGUGUUCGAGGAAGAUUACUGAUUUGACACCUGAGGAAUCAUUGUACUGCCAGCAGGAUGCUGAAGUCAUUGAGGUCUUAAAAAAAGUUAGAAAGUAUAAUCACCUUUUUGUGGGUGGCACAUAUGGCCUCAUGCUGAAGGUGCUUGGGCUGCCCUUUUACAUGAAGAGAGUGUUUAAUGAAAUGUUGAAUCCUGAUAGGCCUGGUGCUCAUUUGAACAAAUUGCGAAUUUUUGCUAUGUUCCUGGGACUCCUCUACACACUCAGCCCCUUUGAUUUUCUCAGAAUAGGCCGUCAAAAUGUCAUUGAUGUCUUUGAUUAUUCUGCCAUUGCACUUUCGUCAGUGUUUUAUCUGGUUGGACUUUACCUUCGACGAAGGCGUUUUCGGCAUGUUAGGGACAUGGCUGCUGCAGAUUUUGCUGCUAAUUGACAGCUACCAAGUGAUGAACCAGACUUGUAGUCAGCUCAUUGUGGAAGAUUUUGGAUUUUUAAAGAUCUUGCUCUCCUUUUGUGGGUUUUCGACAUCUUCAAAGUAUGCUUUGGCAAGUUUGAGACGGUCUUGCCUCAAUUCUCUUACUUUGCCUGCCAUUCUGUACAGAUAGAUAUGUAUAGUGUAUACUCACUUAGUUAAUCUCUUUUCCAUUUUGUCACAUGUUGAAUCUUGCCUGAAAUGAGAAUAUAUUCCUACCAUAAAACUGCUAGAGUGUUGUACUACUUGCGAGUUUAUGACCUUACUUGAGCAAGCCUUGUUCUAUAGGCUCUUACCACUAUUUCCUUGAGUUCUAAGGAGUUUGUUUGUACCA